AUGGAACACACUUCGGUGCACGUCUCUCGCAACAUCUGCUGCAUGGUCUCUGAGCUAUCUGCUGGUCACAUUCUUGUUGAAUCCCAGCUGAACCACUACGAGAUUCGUCAAAACUGUAUCUAUGAUCCACGGCCCACCGGAAACAAGCACAUCCAUGCGGACGUGCCCAAUGUCACUUCCAUGCCCUGCGCCCCUGCUCUGUCGCGUUGCACGGCGGGGAGGGCCGCAGUGGGCGGACGCUAUAGUGAUGCUGGUGCUAGCAGGCACGCUCGUCCUGCAUCAAGGCUCAGGCUCAUGUACUUGAAGGCCGUCAACUACGGCGGUGACACGGAAGACGGUUGGUAUUUACCUACAAUAUCCGUCAAUACCGCCGCAUUCGCGGUUCUUCCGCUAAAGCAGAGCUACGGUCGUGACUUAUCCGCCGAACCUCUUGGGAACCCGCCGAAGACCACGGACAUAUGGCUCAGCGCCCCGCCGCUUCUCUGA